AUGUUGACUCACAAGUCAUAUCAAGACUCAUCCAAUUGCAUGAUCUCUGCCCCGAACUACACGAACAUGACUUCGUCGAUGAGUCCCUCCAUGUCGUACACCAUGUCCUCCAUGUCUCAGAUGAAUAUGAGUGGCUAUUCACCGGCGCAGUCCUUCACCUCCAACAUGAUAUCGUCGACUGGGGUGCCGAUGGGCACGAGUGUCACAGCGCCUACACCCACAGGUAUGUCCGGCAUUCCCGGCUCGGGCGGCGGUCCCACAGGCGGCCCCUGUAUGUCACCGGCGGCGGGAAGUACUGUCACACCGCUGUCGUCGAUGAACUCACUGAACUCGCACGCCAUGAACGGCAUGACAUCACCGACUUGUAUGGGAUCCAUGACGUCGAUGAACGGCGGACUGGUGUCGGGGCGGGAGUUUGGGUCGUCUUCAUCGUCGGAACCGAUGAGUUCGGGCGCCAACGCACUGCUGCAGAGGGCUCGGGCUGACAAGUCGUACCGGCGCUCCUACACACACGCCAAGCCUCCCUACUCGUACAUCUCGCUCAUAACGAUGGCCAUCCAGAACUGUCCCUCGCGAAUGCUGACCCUCAGUGAGAUCUAUCAGUUCAUUAUGGAUUUGUUCCCAUAUUAUCGUCAGAACCAACAGCGAUGGCAGAACUCGAUCCGACAUUCGCUUAGUUUUAAUGACUGUUUUCUCAAAGUCCCGCGAACUCCCGACAAACCCGGGAAAGGGAGCUUUUGGACACUACAUCCCGAUUCGGGUAAUAUGUUUGAAAACGGCUGUUAUCUCAGACGCCAAAAGCGGUUCAAAUGUGACAAAAAAGAUGGCGUCCGACAGAACCAGAAGUCGAGCAACAGUUCCGGAUCGAGCAGUGGUAACAGCAAUAGUCACCAAUCGAUGGGCAACUCCGCCAAAAACAACGCCAUCGACAGCACCCACAACACCCACCAGAGCGGCGGCGGCCACACCGGCGGCGGAGGAGUGAGUCCGUCGCAAAUGAACGGCGCGUUGUCCGACCCCUACUCCCAUCACCCGCAUCACCACCACUUAGAACAUCACCGCCACGUGAACGCCAGCCUCGGCGACGACUGUGCAAAGUUGGACCCAUCGGCUCACCCUCACCACCACCCGUCUCAGAUGGAGCACCACAUGCACGCCGGUCUGUACGGCUCCGGGACUGGUGUACUGUCUCACCACCAAAGUAUGCUACUCGCAGGUCAGUUGAAAGCUGAUCCCCAUUAUAGCUCCUCGAGAGACCACCCGUUCUCGAUCUCCAGCAUAAUUGCGAGUGAGAACAAGGCUGACAUGAAACUCUAUGAGAUGGGGUACGCCGCCUACCCACCCCUGUCCCCUCUGGCACCCGGCCACACGGCUAUGGCCAACGAUGCCUCCUAUUAUCAUCACUCCUCACUCUAUCACUCGGCAUAG